GCCGAGGUGGGGAGGGGGCAAUGGGUCCUGUCGUUAACGAUUACAUCACAAUGGAUGUGCCCAAAGGGGCGGAGUGAAAGUUGCCCAGACAACCUUCAUGUUGGCAUCUCCUAACUUGAGCGGGCCCGAGUUUACAACUUCUUCGUGUUUUGACCAUCAUGUUUUGCUUGUGUGAUUUUAUAUACUGCUAUGCUGUCCCCUCUUCUUUGCUUCCUUUCGAAGGGCCCCCUUGAAUAGUUUCUAAUGAGAUGAGUUUAGUCAUUCGAAAUCUGCAGAAAGUCAUCCCCCUCAGGCGAAUUCCACUUCGCAGAAGAAUAGAAAUCCUUCAGAAGAUUUUGGACGUGCAGCAGUUCGACCUGGGCGUUAUCUGUGUUAAUAACAGAAACAUUCAACUUCUCAAUAGCACCUACAGGCAAAAAAAUGUCCCCACUGAUGUGCUUUCCUUCCCUUUUCAUGAGAAUCUGAAAGCAGGUGAGCUGCCUCAGCCUAGUUUUCGAGACGAAUACAAUCUCGGUGAUGUUUUCCUAGGAGUAGAGUAUAUCUAUCAACAGUGCCAAGAAAAUGGGGAGGAUUACUACAGCAUUCUUACAGUGACUGCAGCUCAUGGACUGUGCCAUUUGCUGGGAUACCAGCACAACACAGAAGCGGAGUGGGAGCAGAUGUAUCAGAAGGAAAAACAAAUUCUUGAGGAGCUAAAUGGAAUCACCGGUGCAAACCUCCAGCCACUGACUAAAAACCAUUUCUGAUCACGUCGCAAAAAAAAGAAAGAAGACCCAGAAAAAUAAAUCCUUAUUCUACUAAGAAACCAAGUAGCAUGGAUACAACUAACUUAAGUAUUAAGUGAUUUAUUUAACAGAUAUCUAUGUUAACUUCAUAUAGUGUCAACAGAAUGCCUUACAUUGUAGUGUGUAAUAAAAUUCAGCCAAACAGCUUA